AUGACAGUCACCCGCACGCAGGCGGGUAAAACACCCAGAAAAACGGUGCGACCGGAUUACGUCGAAACUCCUGGCACAUUUGGGAAGCCGCGACCGCGCAAAUCACUUGCCGUUGUCGAGGAGCAUGGUGCGCAAGACGCUACCAUCGUUCAUGAGGAGGACAAGGAGACGACAGCCGGUAUGACGCGACGCGUCAAUGGGGUUGAUCUGGAAACAAUGAAUGGAAAUGCCAAUGGACAUGUCAAUGGACAUAUCAAGCCCACGGCAAAUGGGCACAUCACCAAGACAGAAAGUCAAGAGAAGGUCUCCUCUGAGCGAUUGGUAGACGGCUGGGCGCCAGGUAUGGACCCCAGAGUCGAUACAUCUGGACAUUUCGAGUUUGGAGGGCCGUGGGGAGUCACUGCGAUGAUGCUUGGUUUCCCACUGUUGAUGUACUACAUGUGGAUUGGCGCCACAUACUACGAUGGCAAAUUCCCCACCCCCAGAGACGGCGAGUCUCUACAAGAUUUUUUCCAUGGCCUCUUCCGCAUGGCCUACUUUGGUGCAUGGCCGUCAGCAAAAGCCUGGGUCAUUUACUGGACCUUCUGCAUCUUCGAGGGUGCUUGUUAUUGCUUGAUGCCAGGUAUCUGGACCAAAGGCAAGCCCUUGCCUCACGAGAACGGUCUUAGGCUGGACUACUACUGCAGCGGAAUGUGGUCUUGGUGGGCAACCAUCAUUGUGGCUCUUGGUCUUCAUUUCUCUGGCCUCUUCAAGCUCUACACCAUCAUUGACGAGUUUGGCCCGCUCAUGUCUGUGGCUAUCAUUUCCGGCUUCGCUGUGGCAAUCAUCGCAUAUACCUCGGCCAUCUAUCGGGGUAAGCAGCACCGUAUGACGGGACAUCUGAUGUACGAUUUCUUCAUGGGUGCCGAGCUCAACCCCCGCAUGUUUGGAAUUCUUGACUUCAAGAUGUUCUUCGAGGUUCGAUUGCCAUGGUACAUCCUAUUCCUGAUAACAUUGGGAACGGCUGCACGGCAGUACGAGCUUUAUGGGUACGUCUCUGGUGAAGUCGGUUUCUUGCUCAUGGCGCAUUUUCUCUACGCAAAUGCGUGCAGCAAGGGCGAAGAGCUCAUUGUACCAACUUGGGAUAUGUAUUACGAAAAAUGGGGGUUUAUGCUCAUCUUCUGGAACUUGGCCGGCGUGCCCUUGACCUACUGCCAUUGCACCAUCUUCCUUGCCAAUCACGCCCCAAGCACCUAUAUGUGGAACAAAUAUGCGCUUGCUGCUUUGUAUGUGGCAUACUUGUUUGUCUAUUGGGUUUGGGAUACCACAAACAGCCAGAAGAACCGCUUCCGAGCAAAGGAGUCCGGUGGUGCCAUCACCCGAAAAGCAUUUCCACAGCUGCCCUGGCAGACGGUGGAGAACCCCAGAGUCAUCAGAUCAGAGGACGGAGGAACUAUUCUUGCCGAUGGCUGGUAUGGCUAUGCUAGGAAGAUCCAUUACACUUGCGAUCUCUUCUUCGCGCUUUCAUGGGGUGCUGUGACGGGAUACAGAUCGCCCUUCCCAUGGUUCUAUCCCCUCUUUUUCACGGCAAUGAUCAUUCACCGGGCCACACGGGACAUCCAGAAAUGCCGGAAGAAGUACGGCAAGGCAUGGGAAGAGUAUGAAAGACAAGUCCCAUACUUGUUCAUCCCUGUGAGUCUGAGCAUCUCGCCAAACAUUCCAUCCUGA